AAAGAGCCCUAUGCUUUCUGUUUUGUUUUUUCCAUUGCUUAUGCGGCAUUACAGCCGUGGCCCCUGGCGCUUGCUUGGCCCUGUCGCCCGUUUUUCCCUGUCGGCUGUCGUGACCCUGCCGCCAGGCCGGCCCAAAACCCGCCGGCUGAAUCCAAACAAGCAAAGUGGGAAUAAACACGGGGUGGGCGAUAGUAGAAAGAAGUGAGGUUUGUGGAAGGGAAGCUGGGCGUUGAACUUUAACCCAAACGUCUCCUCUGUGCGUGUUUUCCGCCUGGGAUUUCCCCUGUCUCAUGGCAGUGUCUGUGCCGGGCCACGGGUGCCUAUGGAACAGUCCGAGCUUCUGGAGACAGCCUGAGCUUCACCAGCGGCCUCUGCUCACCCCAGAUCUCUGUCUCUGUGCAGGUGCUGAGUCAGGAUGGGUUUAGCUGAAGACAAAGUGUACACCCAUAUUACGAGAAACCUCAAGAAAUUCGGGACUAUCCGAGUGGCGUCGCUGGCCGAUUCCCUGACCUGCCUGGUCGAUUCUGACAGAGAUGAACUCCUGGCCCGGGAGGAGACACGGGGCAACCAGGCAGCUGUCUUUAGGUUUUAUCAGCACCUGAGGUGCCGGAGGGGCUGGGUGCAGGAUCUCAUCCAGGCGCUGCACCAGAACAACGCGGGGCACUUGGCUGAUGAGCUACAGGAAGUCUAUGACGCCUGGCAAUAUCGACCUCGUUCCUCAGCUCCUGCUGCUGCCUCCUCCCUUCCCAGUGAUGUCCGUCCUGCUGCCUCCUCCACCAGUGUCCAGACACCACCCCGGGGGCCAAAUCCUGCCCCGUUGGCUGGGCAGCCACGCCAAGACCUGCCCAUUGGUGACCAUCCACCUGUCCUGCCCGGUGCUGCCACCACCACGAGCACGGACCUGGAGGCCAGAGUGCCAGUGCAGGAAUCGCUCCCCAAAAAACUACUGGAGCAAGAGAGUCCCCGGCCAAUUCCACCUGGGAGCAAAGUCCAUGGCGGAGUGAGCAGCGGGCACAGUGGAGAGGGGAAUCUGCCACACCCCACCGGGGCUGUGCCGGUGUCAGUGGGGACACCAGAGGUGGCCGUGCCAUCAGCUGUGUCCCCAGAGCAGGGCCGGGACUGGCUGAGCCGCCGGCCGGUGUGUGUGGACAAUGGGUUUUUUGGGAAUGCCAACCACCUGCACCGUGGCACGCCGGGCCUGACCCUGGGCAGGUCCGUUCCAUCAAGGGAUGCAGGUGCCACUCACAGCCCCGGGCAGCCCAGGAACGAGCCCGAAGAGAACUCGGAAAUCUCCACAGAGUCACUACCAAGGCUGGAGGAGGGUGCUCAGGGUGUGGGGCAGCAGCCCCCAAACUCAGUGCCAAAAAAGCAGCCUGUGCCAAGCUCUGGGCAUGGUGAGCCCACAGACAGCUUCGUGGAUGUGCGCAGCCCCCUCCUCAUACAGGAGCAGUUUGAUGCAGAGAAGAAGCGGGUCGGGAUGCAGCAAGAGCACCCAGGGAGUGGAGGAGCUUCAACUGCCCUGGGUGCUACCCCUGUGCCCAGAGACACUUUCCCAUCCCGUGACUCCUCUGUGAAGUCUCUUACGCAAGAGAAGAAACUGCCCAUUGGGAAUACAGCCAGCAGCACCCCGUCUGUGCCAGCAAAGGAGAAAGUGCUCCCAGCCUCUGCAAACCCUGUCCUGGGCACAGCUGUGGUAGGAGGCUCUGAAGGCGUGGCUGGGAGAUCGGCUUCCCGGGUGAGCUCUGCCACGAGCAUCUGGGCAUCUCCCGGUGAUGAGGAGAAGGAAGAGGAGCUCAGCAAGCCGGGUGUCCUCGUGUCCAUGCCUCGGGGUGGCCCAGAGGUGGCUGGCAGAUCCCCAAGCUCUCGGGAGCCCAGCAAGCCCUGUUCCACCACCUCCAGUAGCCUUGGCCUCAGCAGCGACCCAAUCCUGGUGAGCAGGGAUAGCCUGAGCUCAGGAGGAGCGUUCCCCAGAGUCUCCUCGGCUCCUGAAAACCCCAGAGCAAAGGAGGCAUCUGGAGUAAGCAGAGACUCCUGUCCUGCUCCGAGCUGGAACAGCACCUCCCUGGGCACCCAUGAUGUCCAUGUGGAACAUCACCCCAGCAUCCAGCCCGGAGCCGGCAGCGAUGGAGUCAGUCCCCUCGGAAGCUCCAUGAAUUCCAGCUCUGGCAGUGGCCGUGAUGCUGCCACCAGCUCACCUCAGGCCAGAGUCCCAAAGAGGGACAGCAAUGGCCUGUCCCUGCUGUACAUCCUUCCAGCUGUCGGCCUCAUUUCUGCCGUGGCAUUCGCUGUGUACGCUCGGCUGCGGAAAUAGGGGAUGGGAUGGCACAACCAUGACACAGCCAGGGGGAUUCCUCUGGCAACAGGAUUUUGGCCAAUGCAUUUGAAGUCUGAAGAGUAGUGGGGGGCAGUAGGGGCGUUGUUAAAUCUUUUUCUGGAAGGUUCUGCUGGAAGAGGCCUUGGUACACGAUGCUGUUGGGUUUGGGUCUAUUCUCUCCCAUUUCCCAACCAUCUUCUUAGCUGUAGCCUUCUCUUUUUACACCCCUGGAAGAGAGGAUCUCGCUCCAAAAUGAUCCACAGAGUCAAAAAGGAAAGCAUUCAUGGUGA